AUACAUGUUAGCGCCAAAUGCACCUCUGUGCGCCACCCUCAUGAGAUGAAGAGUAUGUUGUUCGUUUUAUCGAAAAUUAGUCCAGUCCUCUAUUUGUGGUAGAAUUUAUUCUCUUUAGGUUGCAUUUUUCUGCGAGGUUUUCUUCAGCGUUCUCCAUGGGUUAAAUUGUACGGGUUCAGACUCGUGUAGUAAGGACAGAAGGCCUACGGCACAUGUUAUUUCUUUCCUAGUGGCUUCUGUGUCUAGUCUUCUGUUAAAUAAGUCGAUUAAGGGUGCAUAUACCACUGCCCCGCGUAGCAGGUUCCCAGAAUUUACGGCACGGUGUGAAAAUGUGUGUGCCAUGGGUUAUAUGUUCGUUCUUAGCUCUUCUACUCACCUUCAAUAUCCUCUGAGUUGUCCGAUCUGGUGGGAUCAAAUGAAAACUCGAAAUUACUUCUUACUAUUGUAUACAUCAAGACCAGGUUGCCUCUUAAUCUGCCGUAGGACAGAAGAAAGAGGUCUAACUUUUCUACGCUGAUACUUUGGCUUGAUUUUUCAUGUAAUCAGUUAUUGUGUUCGUCAUAACUUUCCAAAGUAACUUCUGAACAGCCUAAAUGUUUUAAGAAUUUAGUCCAUACGAACCAACGUUUGUAUCCUCUGUCGACUUAUUCGAAUUUUAAGGUUUUAAUUUAGAGAUGUUCUACUAAUCUGCGGGGCCGGAUAAACGUUAUUUCGAUGCAAUAUCGGAUAAAUUCACACUAAGGUUUCUUAAUAAAUAUCAUUCCUUCGAGCUUGCCUAUACAUUACACUGCUUUUUGUUUAGGUUAUGAAUAUAUAUAUAUAUAUUUCAGGAAUAUCACUUAAAACUGGUAUUCUCCUUUUAUUGCGGUUUUUCAUAAUAUUUUGAUAGUCCUGGUCGUCUCGUAUUGAGAUUGCGGCAAGACUAUAGUUUAUGGACGAAUCGAUCAGAUAUAACAUAACAGGUUUUGAAUUUUGGCGUGGAACUCAUUCAACCAUUUGACGAAAUAGCGUUUUAGCAUUAUAUCUGAUGUCAGUUCAUGAUGAACAACCUAAAUCUAACUCCUAACCCUAACUAUCAACUGUAAAUCAUAAUUCUAAUUCCUCCCACUAGUUCAUAACCCUCGUUUUGUCCUAGUUAUUAGGUGGACAUGCUCAGGGUCACCUUGGUGUCGCUCAAAAGUCGUCCGUAAAUUGUAGUCCCACUGAGAUCGCACUUGUGUAGCGAGUUGAAUUACCAGGUAAAUCAUCGUGCACACUAAAAUAUGAACGUCAUGAUGUUUUCAACCUUAAAUAUUAUUGUUUAACAUCAGCAUCAGACUUCACAGAUGCUAGCACUACGUGUUUUCCUAGACCAGUGGUUGUACAUUCGGUGUGGUUGUCAACCUGUUUGAUGACUCCUCAGUUUACUUUAAAAGCAAUUUUCGAAGCAAUUUUCGAAUUAAACUCGCUUUCAAUAAAAAAAAACAAUUUUGUUAUUGUUGACUAGUACUUAUAUUAAAAGAGUGGAUUUUCUUUAAAUUGGGCGAUUUUCGUCAUUUCUUCAGGAACAGAUAAAUAAAAACACGAAUAUCUCUUCCCUUAGACGAGCCGCGUGGUAUCUGUAUCCCUCGGACAAUAACUCGAACCUUUUUACACAAGUUCAUACUUGAAGAUUUGCAAUUCUUUGAGCUUUUGAUCGUUAUGGUUUGUCAGUGGAAAAAUUUGGAUUUGUUUAGACUGAAAAAUAAUUUGUAUAGUUAACACAGCAACUAAAAAUUCAUACAAGUCUCCCAUACGUCUGGUGACUGGUACAAUCACUUUGGUUGAUAGGUAUUCGAAAAAUUUCAGUUUCAUUGUUAGUAGAUAAGUCCUCUUAUCUCCUUAUUACCCGGGCUAACAUCAAUUUGUCCCAAAAUCUGUGUUUAUCAUGACUGGCCGAUUUCUAUUUCAUUAUGUAAAUAACACUGCCUUUUUAACUUACAGAUCUUUGCAUUGCGAUGUUUUAGAAGUGAUCAGUUUCUCUCGUCUAUGUUUUAAUCUAAUCAGUUGAUAAUAGUUGUAAUUCAUUGAUCGAAGAAUCGGAUUUCACGCCAAAGUCUACCUAUUUCAAUUUCGCCGUAUUCUGUGUUCCCAUAAACCACCUUAUUACCAACAUAUACAGGGAUUAUUGAUCCAUUGACUUAUACAUGGUUGCACUUUUCCUUUUUUUUCUAGUCAUCAAAUCAUCAGAAGUAAAAUUAUCGUUCAAUUUCGUCCAAUCUUGUACAAUUCCAUUUGGCUUUUACCCGCUUUGACGAAAAGAGUGCACAGUUACUAACUUUCGUAUUUUCAUAUUAACUGUGUUACGUUAAAGUUUACCGUUCAUGCCUAGUGGUCGAGUGAGAGUUAGUAGUUAUGUAGUGAAACUCACUUUAAACCUUGUUUUAUAUUUGGAGAUAUCAAGCCCUUAUUAUUUUUUCCCUAGUCUUUAAUUAUCAUCUGACCGUUAGUAAAGUUCAUACUUUACUUUAGCAGCUUCAAAGAAACCUGUAAACCAAAGUGAACUGUUGCAGACUAGACAAUCCUUACCUGUGUGGAAACAUAAAGAUGUAUUGAUUGAUACUAUUAUGAAAAGUGAACAUUGUGUUAUUGUUGGGUCAACAGGGUCUGGUAAAACUACCCAGAUUCCUCAGUUUUUAUAUGAAAAGAAUUUAACUAAUGGGGGGAUUAUUGCAAUAACUCAGCCUAGGCGUGUCGCUGCUAUAAGUGUUGCACUACGUGUUGCAGAUGAAAUGGACCGUGGUCCUGUUGGCAUCGGACCAGUUGGUUAUAGUGUAAGAUUUGAAGAUAUGUCAAGUGAAAAGUCCACACAUUUAAAAUAUAUGACUGAUGGUAUGCUAUUACGUGAAGCUAUCCUAGAUCCUAAUCUCUCACGUUAUCGUUUUAUUAUCUUGGAUGAAGCUCAUGAACGCAGUUUGAAUACUGAUAUAUUAUUCGGAGUAGUUUUAUCCGCGGCGAAAAGACGUUCAAAACUUCACUCUCUUCAACAAAAUCUUAAUAAUACCCUUCUGCCUAGUAAAUUAAAUGGUAUAAGGAAAGACAUUCAAAAUAAAAAAAAGUUCCUUCCUUUGUUAAAGAUCAUUGUUAUGUCAGCUACAAUCGAUCCAACGCCUUUUUUAAAUUUCCUUGGCCCAGAUCAUACUCAAGUUGUAUACAUAGAAGGUCGACGGCAUCCUAUAAAGAUCUUGAAUGUUUCUCAGUCUUUAACAGAUUAUGUGGCGGAUGCAGCUUCUGUUUGUAUUCGGAUUCACAAUUCAAAGAAUUCUCCUUUAGACCGUGGUAUUUUAAUUUUUCUAACUGGUGAAGAAGAGAUUAUGCGAUGUUGUUCCUUAAUCAAACAAUUAUCUCAUUCAACAAAUAUUGAUCAAAUAGAUUCAACUAAAAAUAGACUUGUAGUAUUUCCACUUUUCUCAUCAUUACCUCAGAUCCAACAGUUGAAAGCAUUAAAUUUUUGUGAUAAUAAUGCGCGUAAAGUGAUUGUCAGUACAAAUUUAGCAGAAACAUCCAUCACUAUCCCAGGUGUACGUUAUGUGAUAGAUUGUGGGCGCGCAAAAAUAAAAGACUGGGAUCCUAAAACCGGGUUUGAAUGUCUUCGUGUUCAAUGGAUUUCCAAAGGACAAGCAUGGCAGCGUUCAGGUCGUGCUGGACGUGAGGCAGCAGGUGUUUGUCUUCGAUUAUAUACUGAUUCAGAAUAUAAAAAUAUGCCACUUCAACCUAGACCGCAAAUGUUGCAAGCUCCACUUAGUGGAGUUUUACUGAACCUUGUAUCUAUGAAUAUAAAGAAUCCUACCCAAUUUCCAUGGUUAUCUUCGCCUAAACCAUCGUCUAUUGAAGCUGGGGUCAAACUACUUCUUCAGUUAGGUGCUGUUGUAGUGAAUGAUGAUGAAGUAGAACCGUUAUCUUCCGAAUGCGUUCAAGGGGCAACUAGCAUGGAUUCAAAUAGAUUAAAUGAUUCUGUAAAAAUUCCCUACCCACUCUCUCUAACAGUUCUUGGACGACUUAUGUCAGCUUUCCCAUUGGAGCCAAGAUUUUCCAGAACAUUGAUUUCUGCUGCUUAUUUAGGUUGUCUAAUCGAAAUACUAAGUAUUAUAAGUAUGCUUUAUGUUUGUCCUGUGUUUUAUGUGCCAGUUGAGAAACGCAAUGAAUUUUCAGAUGUUCAGUCUCGGUUUCGUCAUCCAUCUGGUGACCUCGUCAGCCUUCUUUUAGUUUAUCGUGGAUUUAUUAAAGCUACUAAAGAUGCUCGUUCAGAGAAAUCAGUCAAUUCGAAAAAUUCUCAAUCAAAUAUAGAUUCUUCUACACAGUCUCCGUCAAAAUGUAAAUUGUCCAAGCGUAAUUCAAAGCUUCAAUGGUGUCGUGCUAAUUUUAUAAACAGAUCUCGUCUAGAAACAGCUGUACGUGUACGUGGUCAAUUAAAACAGAUUACCCAAAGUACAGGAUUGACUAAUUAUAUGCAUUCAUGUGGAACAAAUGUAGAAAAAAUUGUGCAAGCCUUUCUUUUGUCAGGUUUUCAAGACCAGGUUGUAAUUCUUUCUGAAUUGUCAAAAAUGUACAAAGGUGAUACUCAACGAUUGAUUAAAAACUCUCGGCAUCCCGUAUAUGUACAAAGUAAAACCAUCAAUUUGUCAACAAAUUCACCUCAGGAAUUGUUGAUUCAUCCAGAAUCGCAAUUAUACACAUCUUCAUUAAAUAAUCCACCUCCAUGUUUACUUUUCAUUGAAGCUGUGACAAGUAGUGAAUACAAAUUUCAAUGUAACAAUGCAAUUGAACAAAAUGAUCGUGUAUUUAUGCGACAUGUCUCGAUAAUUGAUCAGUCAUGGUUAUCACUUACAGAAAAUAUACCGAAAUCAAUAUUGAUCAAUUGUCCGUCAAAUCAAACAAAUAGAAAUUUCCCAUUAAAAAUGAAAAUAACUUCAUCUGACUUUGAACAGCCGCCUUCUAACAAAAAGCGUCGAACUAUUCAUAAUAAUAACGAUAAUAAUAAUAAUAAUGUUAAUGACAAUAAUACUAAUAAUGAAUUAACACCGUUACAACCGACCUUAAAGUAUAUAGCUCCCAAUAAUAGUAACGAUAACAGUAGUAGUACAAAUAUUCAUAUGAACAAUACUUCGUCAACAAAUUGUAAUGGAAUAAUAAGAUCUGAGCAUAUCAAUCGGCUAUCUGAAAAUAUGCACGCACAAUUAAGUCGUAGUCAAAAACGGCGCCUUGCCAAACGUCGAAAACGAUGUUUAACUCUCCCACUUGUAAAUAAUGAUGAUAAUAAUACAAAUUAAAGUUGGUUGCAUAUGUAUUUUUAUGUAUAUGUGAUUGUUCAAUAUUCUUUCAUUUUCUUCUCUCCUUUCAGAUUCUUUUGUAUAUUUACCUAGGGUGUUUUUUUAUUUACUUUUUCUCUUUACAUAUUUAUGCAUUCAAGAUUAUCUACCGAAAAUUCAAUAAACAACAAUGAUUUUGCUUAACACAUUCAUAGAUUAGAACAAUAUUAUUGAGUCAUUCUGCACAUAUUAUGCACCGAGUUCGUUUAUAUUUUCUUGUCACAGGUUUUUUUUACAAUAACUAAAUCAGAUUUUUCCACCAGU